AAACCAUAAAUCACAGUUCCCAUAAACGCUCUCAAACAACUCAAUGAAGCGUGUAUUCUAAUUACUUGAAAUCGUUCCUCGUAACGAUUACCACACGAGAUAAUUGCAGUCAUUGUUCCCGCCAUGUGAGAACUCACAAUCACAACAAACAAAAUAGUUACAAUCCCCAGCAGUGUCGUGUCAGAGGUUGUGCUCAAACAACGUCCAACAUGCUAAAAGCCGUAGUGAUUAUUACGCUCGUAAACUCAGUUUUAACCGCACCAAGUGGUGUAAACUUCUCGCCUAUAAACGAAUUCUCGUUCAAUUUACUACAAAAUGUGUUCGCGUAUCAAGAAAACUUCGGACCACAAAAUCUGGCUGUAUCACCUGUGUCAGUUUGGAAUAUCUUUUCUCUACUUUCUGGAGGAGCUUCUGGAGCCACCUUCGCGGAGUUGAGCCAGCUAUUGAGACUGCCCAAAGACGUGAGAGUGACGCAAGACCUACAUUUAGCCUCCAACAGUGUUUUGAAAGUCAAAAACAAGGAUGUGAUCUUAAACAAACAGGCUGCCAUGUUCGCUGAACGUGAAUUACAAAUUCAUCCGGAGUUUUGUGAAUCUGCGUCGAAAUACAACACAGAAAUCUACACUGUCGAUGCCAGUAACACUACAAAGUUAGCUAACGACAUCAAUUACUUUAUCUGCAUGGCUACCGAGGGAGCAAUUAAAGAUGCAGUCAAACCAGAUUUACUGGAAAACUUGAGACUUUUGUUGGUCGACGCGAUGUAUUUUAAGGCAAAUUGGACCACACCCUUCGAUUCUAGACAGACGAAACGGGAAACGUUCUACGAUCAACAAGGAAGGAGUAUAGGAGACGUGAACAUGAUGUACCAAAAGGCUCCAAACAAGAUUGUUUAUGCAGCUGAAUUGGAAGCGGAUGUACUAGAACUAACGUAUGGAGAAGACAAAGAAUUUGCGAUGGUGAUAUUUCUUCCGGACUACGGAGUUCCAUUGAAGAGGGUGUUAAACAAUUUAUCAACGAAACCCACCGAUGCUUGGACGAUGUUGCUGCAAAACGAGGAGCAAAUGUCUUCAGUCGAGUGUCAAGUGCCACGGUUUAAGAUAUCGUCGCAACUGGAUCUCAUACAGCCCUUGAAAUACAUGGGUUUAUACAGCAUUUUUGAUGAAAUGAAAGCAGAGCUUCCUGGCAUUUCUGAUAGUCCACUUUAUGUGUCUAAGACAAUUCAGAAGACUGAACUGGAAGUAACAGAAGAAGGCACAGUAGCAGCAGUAGCGACUGUCGUUGGCUUAGAAAAUAGAAUAUUGGGUCCAAGUAUCAAUGUUAAUAAGCCAUUUGUUUACGCAAUAGUUAAUAGAAGACAUAACAUUGUUUUGUUCACUGGUGUGUAUACGAAUCCGUCUGUUGUGUGAUAUUGGUGCAUAAUCAUUAUGUUUUUAGAUUAAUUUAGAAAUAUUUAUUUCUAACGUUCAAUAUUAGAAAUAUUAACAGCCAAUGGACAGGUGAAAUAUGUGCAGUGUGCCUGAAUCUAUAGGAUUGGAGGAGGCAUUGAUAUAUUAUUAUAAUUAUGUUCAUCGGUGGAAUUUAUGUGCAAUGUGUGUGCGAUGGUGACGAGUGGUUUGACAUGAUGAUGAUGAUGAUGACAGACCGGUGUCAGCUAAAUAUAACUUGGUACGAGUAUGUCAAAAUUAAGUACCUUAAUUGUAUUGUAUUUUUUAUGUUUAUCACCGGAGAUGUCUUUGAUAAUUGGAGGAAUUGUAUUGUGUUCUUAUAAAAAGUUACCACCAAAAUUAUAUUAUGGAUGCAUUGUUAACGUUUUUUAUGUGUGUUAAAUCCUUGGAUUGUA